CCGCAGCCAAGGUGAAACUGUGAGAGCCAAGCUCACACACACUAUUGAAAUAGUGUACGUGUCGUACCGUUGAUAUUUAGCUGUUGGUGUUGGUGAUUUUGAACGAAAAAGCCGAAGCAGCCGAAGGUGAACGCCGAAUACUCACUGCCGAAGUGUUCCGAACAUUUUACAGAGGCAGCGUGAGCAUCUAGUAACGCCGUUAAUGUCGCAUUUACCCGCCGUUUUUAUCCACGUUUGUCGUUUAAUUGUCAGUAAUUAGUGGUCUAAAUAACAAAUAAGGUGUAUUGGCGAUGGCGUCAGAUGAGGAGGUAGAGGAGAGUUACGCAGGGGAAGAUGACGUGGAGGAGUCGAGUGCAGCUGUAGCGAAUGUCGCUCAACCCCUAGACGGUUCGUCGGAUGCUGAAGAAUCUCAGAGACUCGAGGAGGAUGACGACUACGAGCCAGAGGAGCGUAAAAAGAAAAAGGGAAAGAAGCGAAAAGCCAGGAGUGAGGAUAAAAAGGGAAAGAAGAAGAAAAAGAAGAAAAAAUCAGACUCUGGGGAUGAGAGUGAUUAUGGGGGUGGUGGUGGUGAGGUUGUUGAUGGUGGGGGUGAGGACAGUGAUUAUGCGAGCAAUCGCAAGAGCAGAAAAUCAUCGUCUAGAAAAUCGUCGAGUCACAGUGCGUCAACAGCACAGAGCCAGGAGCCAGCCACUGGAAUGCCAACUAUUGAGGAAGUUUGCAGUACAUUUGGCCUGACGGAUGUGCCAAUUGAGUACACUGAUGCAGAUUUUCAGAAUUUAACCGGUUACAAAUUAUUCCAACAGCACGUGAGACCGGCAUUGGCUAAAGAGAAUCCCAGAGUACCAAUGUCAAAGCUCAUGAUGCUGGUGGCAGCUAAAUGGCGUGACUUCCUCGUGCUCAAUCCUCAUACUCAGCCCGACGGUGAGGUAUCCAUGUCGAAUGCCGAUGAGGAGAACAGAAGUGCUAGAUCGAGUCGUGGUGCACCAGUUCAGGAGAUUGACGACGACGAGGACGAGGAUGAGGACAGCGAUCGUAAAAGAAAAUCACGUGGAUCGAGGGCUAAAAAGGGUAAAAAGGCGUCGAAAGUACCAACACUCAAGAUUAAGUUGGGCAAACGUAAACGUGGAAGCUCGGAUGAAGAGGCUGAAGGCAGUGUGGCAGGCUCUGACAGGGACUCUGACAUGGAGUUUGAACAGAUGCUGGCUGAUGCGGAAGAGGCACCAGGUGGUGAGGGAAGUGCUAAAGGUCACGAAGACGCUGCACCUGAGCAACCAGUGGAGCCACCAGUUCGCAGGAAGGCCAAAACCAAGAUUGGUAACAAGACUAAGAAGAAAAAGAAGACCAAAACGACUUCCAAAUUUCCAGAUGGCGAGCAGACUGAUCAUCAGGAUUACUGUGAGGUUUGUCAACAAGGUGGUGAGAUUAUUCUCUGCGACACGUGUCCAAGGGCUUACCACUUGGUAUGCCUUGAGCCAGAGCUAGAGGAAACACCAGAGGGCAAAUGGAGUUGUCCACACUGCGAAGGCGAAGGUGCUGCUGACGAUGACGACGAGCACAUGGAAUUUUGUCGUGUAUGCAAAGACGGUGGUGAACUCCUUUGCUGCGACAGCUGCACAAGUGCCUAUCACACGCACUGUCUCAAUCCUCCACUUUCCGAGAUACCCGAUGGAGAUUGGAAAUGUCCGAGAUGUUCUUGCCCCCCACUGAUGGGUAAAGUUGCCAAGAUAUUGACCUGGAGAUGGAAAGAGAGCUCAGACAGUCCCUCGGAGGAGCCAUCCACCAGCAAAGCAGCACCCAAACCCCGAAGAACUCGUGAGUUCUUCGUCAAAUGGGCGGAUAUGUCAUACUGGCACUGCGACUGGGCAACUGAACUCCAGCUGGACGUGUUCCAUCCCCUCAUGUUCAGAAAUUACUCUCGAAAAUACGACAUGGACGAACCCCCAAAACUAGAGGAACCCCUAGAUGAGAGUGACAAUCGAGUGAAACGUCUGCGCGACGCCGAUGGUGCGACUAAUCGUGACGAGAUAGCAUUGGAAGAGAGAUUCUAUCGUUAUGGUGUUCGUCCAGAGUGGCUGGUGGUUCACAGAGUGAUAAAUCAUCGUUAUCAACGCGAUGGAAGAGCCUCUUAUCUCGUCAAAUGGCGAGAGUUGGGAUACGAUCAGGCGACAUGGGAAGACGAGCACGAGGAUAUUCCUGGGCUGAAACAGGCCAUUGAUUACUAUCAGGAUCUAAGAGCUGCUAACAGUUUAGAGGGGACUUCAUCCAGAAAAGGGAAGAAGGGAAAAGGGAAAAAAUCCAAGACACGUGAGCUCAUUGACGAUGAAGAGCGUGCACCUCGGCGUUAUACUCCACCUCCUGACAAACCUACCACUGAUCUCAAGAAAAAAUACGAGAGACAGCCAGAUUAUCUCGACAUCACUGGCAUGCAGCUCCAUCCGUAUCAGCUCGAAGGUCUCAACUGGUUGAGAUACUCAUGGGGACAGGGAAUUGACACAAUUCUCGCUGAUGAGAUGGGUUUGGGAAAAACCAUUCAAACAAUCACUUUUCUCUAUUCACUUUACAAAGAGGGACACUGCAAGGGACCUUUUCUCGUUUCUGUUCCCCUAUCCACUAUUAUCAAUUGGGAACGUGAGUUUGAGACUUGGGCACCUGAUUUUUACUGUGUUACAUAUGUCGGUGAUAAAGACAGUCGAAUAGUCAUUCGUGAGAAUGAAUUGUCAUUUGAGGAAGGGGCUGUGCGUUCAGGUCGUGCCUCCAAAAUUCGCUCAUCACAAAUUAAAUUCAAUGUUUUGCUGACAAGUUAUGAGCUCAUUUCAAUUGACUCUGCCUGCUUAGGAUCUAUUGACUGGGCUGUACUGGUGGUGGAUGAGGCACACAGGCUCAAGUCCAAUCAGUCCAAGUUCUUCAGGCUACUGGCGUCAUACAGCAUUGCUUAUAAAUUAUUGCUCACUGGUACACCUCUGCAGAACAAUCUCGAGGAGCUUUUCCAUCUUUUGAAUUUCCUCUGUCGAGAUAAAUUCAACGAUCUGUCUGCAUUCCAAAAUGAAUUUGCUGAUAUUUCGAAGGAGGAGCAAGUGAAGAAACUUCAUGAGAUGUUGGGACCCCAUAUGUUGAGAAGAUUGAAGGCAGAUGUACUCAAGAAUAUGCCAAGUAAAUCGGAGUUCAUCGUACGUGUUGAGCUCUCUCCAAUGCAGAAGAAAUACUACAAGUACAUUUUAACGAGAAACUUCGAGGCACUCAAUCCAAAAGGCGGUGGCCAGCAGGUCUCCCUUCUCAAUAUCAUGAUGGACUUGAAGAAGUGCUGUAAUCACCCGUACUUAUUCCCCGCUGCAUCCCAAGAGGCACCAACUGGCCCAAAUGGAAAUUAUGAGAGCUCUGCGCUGAUAAAAGCCGCUGGUAAGCUCGUUCUCUUGAGUAGAAUGCUGAAAAAAUUGAGAGAUGAUGGCCACCGGGUCCUCAUUUUCUCGCAGAUGACAAAAAUGUUGGAUAUACUGGAGGAUUAUCUCGAGGGUGAGGGCUACAAGUACGAGAGGAUCGAUGGUAAUAUCACUGGUACUCAACGACAAGAAGCUAUCGACAGAUUCAAUGCACCUGGUGCACAACAAUUCGUAUUUUUGCUGUCAACUCGUGCUGGUGGCCUUGGUAUUAAUCUGGCAACAGCUGACACUGUGAUAAUUUAUGAUUCUGACUGGAAUCCCCACAACGACAUACAGGCAUUCUCUCGUGCCCACAGAAUUGGUCAAGCCAACAAGGUCAUGAUCUAUCGAUUCGUUACGAGAAAUUCCGUGGAGGAGCGUGUAACCCAAGUUGCCAAACGAAAGAUGAUGUUGACUCAUUUGGUAGUGAGACCUGGAAUGGGAGGUAAAGGUGCUAAUUUCAGUAAACAAGAGCUCGAUGAUAUCCUGCGUUUUGGUACUGAAGAGCUGUUCAAGGAAGAGGAGGGCAAAGAGGAUGAGGCUAUUCAUUAUGACGAUAAGGCAGUCGCUGAGCUCCUUGAUCGCAGUAAAGAGGGUAUUGAGCAGAAAGAAAAUUGGGCAAACGAGUACUUAAGUUCAUUCAAAGUCGCCUCUUACGUUACCAAGGAGGGAGAAACUGAAGAGGAAGCUGAUACCGAAAUUAUCAAGCAGGAGGCUGAGAAUACAGAUCCAGCUUACUGGAUUAAACUUCUGAGGCAUCACUAUGAACAGCAGCAAGAAGAUAUUGCUAGGACACUUGGCAAGGGUAAACGUGUGCGUAAACAGGUCAAUUACAAUGAUGGUGGUGUCACUGGGGAUCAGGGAGCACGAGACGAUCAACCCUGGCAGGAGAAUCUCUCUGAUUAUAACAGUGAUUUCAGUGCACCGAGUGAUGAUGACAAGGAAGAUGAUGACUUUGAUGAGAAAGGGGAUGGUGAUUUGCUGUCGAGACGGAGUAGACGACGAUUGGAGAGACGUGAUGAGAAGGACAGGCCAUUGCCACCACUGCUUGCCAGGGUUAAUGGGAAUAUUGAGGUUCUUGGCUUCAACGCGCGACAACGAAAGGCCUUUCUCAAUGCAAUCAUGCGGUAUGGAAUGCCGCCCCAGGAUGCAUUUAAUUCUCAAUGGUUGGUGCGAGACCUAAGGGGAAAAUCGGAAAAGAACUUCAAGGCCUACGUCUCCCUCUUCAUGAGACACUUGUGUGAACCAGGAGCUGACAAUGCAGAGACAUUUGCUGAUGGAGUUCCCAGAGAGGGACUCAGCCGUCAGCAUGUUCUCACACGAAUCGGUGUGAUGUCACUCAUACGAAAGAAAGUCCAGGAGUUUGAGCAUAUUAAUGGAUAUUACUCGAUGCCUGAGAUGAUUAGGAAGCCAGUAGAACCAGUGAAGUCUGAGGGUGGUGUGACAGCAGUAGCAGCAGCAGUUGCUGCUUCAUCAGGCACAACUACAAUAGCCCCUGAGAGUGGCACAGCAACGAGCACCAGUACAACAGCAACAGCUAACACCCCAAGUCCCACAUCGACCGCGGCUCCUUCCAGCACAUCACCAUCCAUCAACACUACCACGAAUUCCUCAGCUUCAGCGUCUGGUGCUGUCAAUUCUAGUGAGACAAAAUCCUCGAUAGAAGAGGACGGCAAAGAGACAAAGGAAGAUGCCAAGGACAAGGAAUCGGGAUCAGAGAUUAAGGAACCACAGGAAGAGCCAAAUGAAGCCAAGGAAACACCUGAUGCAGCUAGUGAUAAGGACAUUAAACCGAAGGAAGAGGACAAGAAAGAGGAGAAGACUAUGGAUUCUGAGGGAUCCGAUAAGGAGAAGGAAAAAUCAGGGGACAGUAAAACUGAAAAGGUUAAAUCCGAUGACAAGGCUGACGGUGAAUCCAAGGCGAAGAUCGAGCCUGAAGAGGACGUUGUUAUUGUAAAAGAUGAUGAAGAAGAUGCUGAUAAGAAGGACGAUAAAGACAGCAAGGAGAAGGAGACCAAGGAUACAGAAGUGGAGAUCAAGCCAAAACGUAAAUUCAUGUUUAAUAUUGCUGAUGGAGGUUUUACAGAGCUCCACACUCUGUGGCUAAACGAGGAAAAGGCAGCAGUGCCUGGUCGAGAGUACGAAAUAUGGCACAGAAGACAUGAUUAUUGGCUACUUGCUGGUAUCGUUACUCAUGGCUACGGCCGCUGGCAGGACAUCCAGAAUGACAUAAGAUUUGCUAUAAUCAACGAACCAUUCAAGAUGGAUGUUGGAAAGGGCAACUUCCUCGAGAUUAAGAAUAAAUUCUUGGCAAGACGUUUCAAGCUUCUCGAGCAGGCCCUCGUAAUCGAGGAACAGCUGAGAAGAGCAGCUUACCUGAACCUCACACAGGAUCCAAAUCAUCCAGCAAUGAGUCUUAAUGCUAGAUUCGCUGAGGUCGAGUGUCUUGCUGAGUCUCAUCAGCAUCUCAGCAAGGAGAGUCUGGCUGGCAAUAAACCAGCCAAUGCUGUACUCCACAAGGUGCUCAAUCAGCUGGAGGAGCUUCUCUCGGACAUGAAAUCAGAUGUAUCUCGUCUGCCAGCUACUCUUGCACGAAUUCCACCUGUUGCACAGCGUCUCCAGAUGUCUGAGCGCUCGAUUCUCAGUCGAUUGGCAGCAACAGCACCUGGAGGUGGCAGCAGUCAAACUGGACAGGCUGCACUACUGGCUCAACAAUUUCCAGCUGGUUUCUCGGGUGGUCAAUUGCAAGCGACAUUCGCUGGUGCUGCUAACUUCGGUAACUUCAGGCCACAGUAUUCCGUGCCAGGACAACCACCACAAGCUUAAAUCGCUGCAGAGCUGGUUUCUGGAUGAUAAACCGUGGCGCAACCGAAAUUGACCAAAAGGAUGAUAGAAAACCAAUUAUUUGCGCGAUGUAAUUUUAUUUUUGUGGGAAUCACAAUGACUAGUUGAAUUUUCACUAGGUAAGGACCUAAGAAUUAACAGAUGAUUGAGAAGAUCGAUGAAAAAUGAAGAAAAUUUAAAAAAAUGGGAAACGCUACAUAUAAUACGUACCAAUAAACGAAAAAUCACAAUUUUCCUCUAUUUAUUAUCUGUACAUUUGGCGUAAAAUAUCAGCAAAAGUUGAAUGGACAAAUUUGAUGAAAAAAUCACUUUUUGUAUGGAGAACAUUUGUUAUCGUAGAAUGAAAAAAAGGAAAAGAAAUACAAUGUGAAUUGGAUUGUUUCGUCAGUGUUAGUUGACGAGCUGCAGUCCAAUAAUAAUCGUUUCAUUAAACUGAUAACGCUUAGUUGAUAAUUAUUAUUUACGUAAAAAUCGAUUUUAUUUAAGGAAUGCAUUUAAGUGAAUUUGACAAGUGUAGCAAAUUUGAAAAGUAAAGGAAGAACACUCGGUAUAAUUUAUUCGCUUGUUCAUUGAUAAUAUUCUCUUUUGUAAGCAGUAGGUUCUACUCAUCGAGCUACACUUUUAUUUUCAAUCAUGAUUUCAUUGUAAAAUAUUAAAAGUACAGUUUUGGUUGACAUUCGGUCGAACACUUAAGUAGAUAGAGUUUAAUAUUGGGAUAGGCCUCUAGAAUAUUUUCCAUCUCGUUUAUUUUUUUCCCUCCCUUCGAUUUUAUAAUAACAUAAUCAAUUUUGCGGUCCUGUUACAAAUUUAUAUUGAUCACACUGUGAAAUACUUACUCUCAAUUGGGAGUUGACCACCAAUUUAUAUUAUUCUCCGCAUAAUAUAAUUACACGAUUGUAAUGAAAGAAAUCAAUAUCUCCUCGAUAUCUUGGCAUUGUAAAUUUUAUCUUUCAUUCUGAUUCUGCUUUUCUUUCAUUUUCUUUCGAGAAUGUAUACAUUUUUUUUACGAGUGCGGGAGUGAAUCAAUAAAAACUUUGUGUUUGCUCCGAAUAUAAUGUCUUUUCUAUGCAUAGUAAGGACGAAUGAAUUGCAACAGGAUUCAAAUAAAAAUUAAUGAAAUGCUCUGUGAUGCGUCA